UUGACCUCAGCACCGAAACCAGCUCUAAUCCAGAAAUUCAGGUGCCUGCAGUCAGUCAACUCCAGAGCUCACUACUGCCUGUAACACACACACGGGACUGCUGCUGGGAUCUCUCAAUCCACAGUGUGGCGUUUUGGAGUAACUAGGAGAAGGGUGAAAAUAAAACCAAGUCAUACGAACUGGUGAUUAUAAUGUUACGUUUGUAAUCUACAUAUGAGGCGUCUGUCGCUUCCGCUUUAAAACGACCCUGCAGUUUGACGGCGAAAUGGGAAUAUUUGAUCGUCGCUAAAUAAUUUCACUGGAAACUGACAGGAUUUGAGGAAUACCGCUCGCGAUCGUUGGUCGUAGGGUUGAAUUCUGUUGAAACCCAAGGCUGAUGUCCUCAGUGAGCAGCGUCUUUGAGAUGGAUGAAGGUUGACUGAUUCUCGCUGACGCCUCGUGUGCUUCAUAACUAUGCUGCAGGUCACCAGAGGCCUUACGGCCACAAUACCCCACAACAACCCGCUGAAUUCCCCAGCCUCACCCAGGGAAUGAUCAAACCGCCCUGUCCGGGUCAUACACUUCACAAGACCUCUUUCAUACCGGAAGACAGAUAGCCCAAAAUUCAAUGGCAUGGGUCAAGUUCUUCAAGAGACCGGGGGGCAAUCUUGCCAGGUCGUACCAGCCCGGAUCUAUGAUGUCUCUGGCCCCUACCAAGGGAUUGUUAAAUGAGCCGGGCCAGAACAGCUGCUUCCUCAACAGUGCAGUUCAGGUUCUAUGGCAUCUCGAUAUCUUCAGACGGAGUCUUCGCCAGGUCCCAAAUCACUACUGCUUAGGAGACUCCUGCAUCUUUUGCGCUUUGAAGGGAAUUUUCUCUCAGUUCCAGCAGAGUCGAGAGCGAGCGCUGCCUUCGGAUAACCUCCGCAACGCUCUGGCUGAAACCUUCAAGGACGAGCAGAGAUUUCAGCUGGGCUUCAUGGACGAUGCUGCCGAGUGCUUUGAGAACAUCCUAGAAAGAAUUCACCUGCACAUCGCACCUGACAGCGAGACGGACGCCUGCACGUCCAAGUCCUGCAUCACGCAUCAGAAGUUUGCCAUGACGCUUUAUGAACAGUCGGUGUGUAGGAACUGUGGUGCAUCAUCUGACCCUCUACCCUUCACCGAGCUCGUGCACUAUGUGUCCACCACGGCCCUCUGCCACCAAUUUUAUGAUAGGCGAGAUGAACGGAUGCGUCCGGACACGUUCGGAGAGCUGCUGCAGGCCGCCAGCACAGUCGGAGAUCUGCGAAACUGUCCGAGGGACUGUGGCCAGAAGAUGAAGAUCAGGCGCGUGUUGAUGAACUCUCCAGAAAUAGUGACCAUCGGGAUGGUGUGGGACGCUGAACAGUCUGACCUCACGGAAGAUGUCAUCCGAUCUCUUGGAUCACACCUCAACCUCUCAGGGCUGUUUUACCGUGUCACGGAUGAGCGCGCGAAGAAGAGCGAGCUGCUGUUGGUUGGCAUGAUCUGUUACUCCAGCAGACAUUACUGUGCCUUCGCCUACCACACCAAAUCCUCUAAGUGGGUUUUCUUUGAUGAUGCCAAUGUCAAAGAGGUUGGAACCAGGUGGAAAGAUGUGGUCGCCAAAUGCAUCAAAGGUCACUUCCAGCCUUUACUUUUGUUCUACUCCAACCCUGGCGGCAGUGCUGUGACCACAGAUGAAGCCCAGCGGCCCAGCAGCACCACCAGCACCACCUCCACCCAAAACAAGAGCUCAGUCAAUGGAGACGCACCAGGUACUCCUGUACUGGGUAGUAAGAAGUUGGAGUUGACUCGGGAGAAUCUGACUGCGUUCUUCUCAAAUCAUGGUACUCUGAAGCCAAAGUCCCAGCCGCCCUCGGUGUUCAGUCGUGGCAGUAAUCAGACCAGCGUAGGCAGAGGACCGGUGAAGAUGAACUUUGAUCCUAAGAGUCACUUCAGAGAGAUUUUGAGGGAGUCGAAGGAAGGUCGUCCCUUCAACCUUAUCAAGAAGGAUUCUGACAGGUCACAGGGCAAACCAGAAAUACUGAGAACGCAGAGACAACACGAUUUACCUCCGGAGAAGCCCUAUUCCCGUUCAUUGUCCCCUCCAGAAAACGGUUUCAAGCAUCUAGAGUCUCGACUCUACAGCAGUCAGGGAAGGGGCCCAACAAGGACCGAGUGCUCCCCCUUUAACAACAGCCAGCCCGACCGUCGGCCACGCUCCCAAUCCCAGCCUCGCGUCCCGGUCCAUCCCCCCAGCGGCGGACACUCCCGGAGGUUAGAUCUCUACAACGGCUACGACACGGACAGCAGUCAGGACUCUCGCACCUAUGGAGGGUCCCGCAGCCGAUGGAGGCCGAUGCGGGAGGCGCUCAACGUCGAUAGCGUUCUCAAAAGCGAGAGUAAUCAAAACUACCACAACACUCGCAGACAGACCUCGAUUCAGGAGAGCGGGGAGUUGACGUGGGCCCGGUGCGAGGACCGCAAACCCAAGAGUUUAAUGACCAUCUAUGAGGACGAGCAGAGGCAGGAUAUGGGCAGCAAGAGCUCGCUGGAGUCAGAAGGUCGGCCGCCUCCGGAACAGGAAAGGGUCAAGGGAACGGUCAACAGUCUCGUCUUUCGAAAUGAUAACUGGAAGAUGCAACGCACAGAGUCUGGAUACGAAAGCAGCGAUCGUCUCAGCAACAGCUCGGCUAACCUGGACUCUCCCGUGGUGGAGAAUUUGGGCAACAAAGAAAUGCACUCAGUACCGGAACUGAACAUGGCAUGGGCUUACCAGCGGAGGUAUGAAGAUUCAAAGGCAGACAUCUCACCUUCGUCCAUCUUGUACGGUGACCAUCAAAAGAGACCUCUGGGUCACUCCACGAGUCCUUAUAUUCCACGAAGACAAGCACUCAGAUACAACCCUGUUAAGGAACGGACUGAAAAUACCACAACAGAGCGCGUAGACGUAGUAAACGGGAACCCCACUCCACCUUAUUUAACCAAAACCAGCAGCUCCGAGUGGAAUAGCUCGGAUGACCUCGCUGGCCCCUUUUCCGAGCAGGAAGAUUCCUCCUCACGCACCGAUACAGCUCCUCAAGUUCCCGCUCGGAAAUCACCCCACGCCACAGCUCCACCGUUACCUCCCAAACCCACCGUUCUGACUUCAGAGAACCGCCGACGCCUCGCGCAGGAUCCCUCUCCGCCCAGCCCUCAUCGUCUUCCCCGGAACGGAUCGGCUCCGUCCCACGCCAGCCUGCAGAAGUGGCUGGAAAACUCAUCCGACUCGAACAUGCUCUCAUCAGACACGAGCUCCAAAUCGGGUUCGUCUGAUCAGGAGAGGAAUGAUCUCUCGGCUAGUGAGGGUGAAGAGAAGUUUACCAACGUUCCUCCGUCGGGCUCUCCUGUCUUUCCCACCACGUAUUUUUCUGUGGAUAGCUGCAUGACGGACACGUACCGUGCCAAGUAUCAUAAAAAGAGACCUGCUGUUUAUAUGGUGGCAGACUCUAGAGAUCACACCUCAUCUGGUGAAAGUGAUUAUGGGGAGGGAGUUUCACCAGCUCCUUCUGAAACACUGACAACACAGCACUCCAGAGCGAUACCGGUACCAGUUCAUGUUGCCAGUAAAUCCACUGCAAAAUGGAACCUUGUUUCUGUGAAAGGCUUGGAUGAACAUGGCUACCUAUGACGACACAUCUCAUCCGUGAAAUACACAGUGGUAACGAAAGCAUAAAAUGACAUCCCUCUGCCUUUGACAUAUGGAUCAACGGACUUUAAAUUGCCUUCUUGUUUCUACAUUUUGAAAUUAUGCAUUUGAAGAGAGGGUAUGUAACAGUACACAACUUACGUUUGCACAUUUUCAAGCCAAAAAAAACGUUUUCCUGAAACACUCCUUAGGCUACUUAGAUCUUUGAUGUAGGAGGACUUAAGACUAACAAAACUAACACUGAAAGUUUAAACCGUACUAUAAAACGCCCAUCAUACAGUUAUUUGAUGCUUCUUGUUUAGUCUUGAAUGUUUUAAUGGGUUUUUUUUCUUUUUUAGUUUGGGGGCAGAGCUGGUAAAAUGUCUGAUUGUAUUUUCAGAGAGUGAAGCUGCUACACGUACUCAUGUUUAGUAAGAACUGCCUUUGAAAAGAGAAAUGAAGCCUGUCUUAAUAUAUUUGAUGGCCUUGGUUUGUUGGUUUGGAUCUUAUUUUUUAUGAAGUUCCCGACCACUUUGGAUAAUUACAUCCUUUUGUUGAGCUCAGUGUAUUUUGACCAAUGUGCACAGAGAUUUAUAGUCGACACUGGAGAAUUAAAUAUACGAUUACUGAGACGAAUUUAUACAUUGUGUGAAAAUGUUCAAUUCUGAAAUGAUUUGGGCAUACCAAAGUGCGUUUGUUUUUUCUUUUCAUAUUUGGAACAGAACAAGUUAUACAUUUGAUAUUUUUGUUUGGUUUGUAUAAUGAUGUUUUGUAUAUUGUUAAGCGUACACCACUAAAUAUAGUGCCUUAUUUUGUACGUAAAGAUGGGAUGAUGAUGUUUUUAUCUGCAAACUGGUAACUUUUUAAAUUCUUUUGUAUAAUGUAGUUCAUUUGGGUUGAUUAAGACCUUUUAAUAAACUGAUUUAUUUAAGCAUAA